AUGGGUUUGGUCGAGCUACCUCCCAUUGCAUGGGAUCAAUCGAGCUGUCUCCUUUCGCACGGGAUCGAUCGGGGUCGAUCGAGCUUGUUGUGUCGCGAUGAGUCGAUCGAUCUUGGGAGGAGUCGAUCGAGCUCCUUAGGGCUCCGUUUUGCUUGCUUUCUCCCUAUGUUGGUCCAUGUGACCAAAGCUCUCCCUGUUUUACCUAUUCCUAUCCCUGAUUCUGCAAGUGCACAGGUCAGGUGUAGUAACGGGUUAUCGAACACAAGGAGCAGAUAA